GAGGCUCGGUUGUCACUGUUGUGGCCGAAGUCUAGGCCUGAGCCUGCAAAAAUGCUGCUGGCGCCUCAGGGAGGGUCCGCCUCAAAGAAGAAGAUGGAGCUGAGUCGCUGGAAACGGUUAUCAAGGAAGCUGAAUCUCAAGUCUUCAUUUGAGCCUGAUAACAUGGGGGACUGGAUUAAGAGAGUGGAGAAAGCUUCAGAAUUUGCCAUUUCGAAUACAUAUUCUACCAGAAAUGCAGAUUUACCUGGAAGGUUUUGGCGACAAGCGGUAGAUCUGGCAACGUGUGAGCAUGAUGACGUCUAUGAAGAAGCUCAGGAGCUAGUCAAUGACUGGCUAGACAACAAAUUUAAACAAGAAUUAGCGAGUGAUGGAGAAGGGGAAAGCACUGUGCUAAGCAACCCCCCUGUGCCAGACGCCCAUGGCCAUUUGAAGUAUGACAAGUUUGAUGAUUUAUGUGGCUAUUUGGAGGGAGAGGAGGAAAGUGCCACUGUUGAGAGAUUUCUAGAGCAUCUGCUCCAUAAAGAAGUGGUGGCUGCUGAGAUGGUAGAAGAGCUUGCAAGGAAGGAAAACCAAGGCAAGAGGCAGCAGAAGGAUCCUCGUCUUACCAUGGAGAUGAGACAUAAGCAGGUCAAAGAAAAUCGCUUAAGACGUGAGAAACAACUGGAGUCUCAGAGAAUGGAAAGUGCCCUGAAAAAAGCAGCCUUCUUGGAGGCUCAGUGUCUAGUGCAAGAAGAGAAGAAAAGGAAAGCUCUGCUGGCCAAGAAAGAGAAGGAGGAGAUUCAGAGAGAGAUGGUAAAGCUGCGGAGGGAGAUACUUGAAAGAAGACACACUGUGGAAGAAGCAUGGAAAACAGAAAAGAAAAGGCAAGAAGAAAUUUCUCAGAGGAAUCGAGAUGGGAAAAUGAUGGAAAGUACUCACAUACAUCUGGGUGAGGAAAAAAUUGCAAAAGAAAGGAAGAGAAAACUGAGGGAGAUAUUAAUCCGGACUUUCGAGGAAAAUCAGCAGUGUCAAAAACGGUACUUCUCUGCCUGGCACAAGCUGAUUCUGGAUCAUAAGAUUAAGCUGGGGAAAGCGGGGACCCUGUCUGACUGGAAGCUUCAGCUGAAGGUCCUCAGAGCCUGGAGAGACCAUACACGAUCCCAGAAGUUGGAACGAGAGACCAAAGCCUUGGAAAAUGACCUUAGGGAAGAAAACAGGAAACAACAGCUGGCUACUGAGUUUAACCGGAAACAAGUUCUUCGAUACUGCUUUGGUGAAUGGCAGCGUUGGCAUGGUUCAGAAGUUAUAAAGAGGGAGCUGGCUCUUGCAAAGGAGCAAACUAGGAAGAAAAUGGACCAACUGCUGAAGGCAGCCUCCCUCGGGAAACUCAAUUCUAAGGGGUCAUCAGGUAUCGCUCUUGCUGAGGCAACAGCUGUGGUGGACCCACCAGUAGGAAGUGGAGAGGUCACUACCUUGUCCCCUUUGUGGGAAAAGCCACCUGUGGAGAGCAGCGGUUGUACACUCAGCAAUUCCCCAGAAAGAACAAUCAAGGGUAAUGUACAGCGUCCUCUCCCACAUGUCUCUGGGAGCACACCUGGCACAAAGCAGCCCAAGACUGCAGCAGCUGAGCCCUCUGCACAGCCUGGUAGCUGUGAAAGGCCUGGGACCACCAGCCAGGAAGCAGAAGCUGUCUGCAUGGGGCAUUUCCACUGUCGCCAUGUCUACCAGCAACAGCUGAUUGAGAAGCAAAAGAAGAAACUUGAGGAACAGCAGAAAACCAUUCAGAAGCUGAAGGAAAGCCAGCGUUUGGCCGAGGCCCGGUGGGCAGCUGAGCGUGCCACAGCAGUCACAGAAGGAAAGGGCUGCCUUCAGUCAAAUCUCAGAGGAGCAAAAGACCUGCAGGGAACCUGCCAGAAGCUUCUGAAUUCAUCUGUUCCAUCCCCUACAUGUGAAGACAGUAGAACUGAUUCCAGAAAGCCUCUUUCUGCAUCUAAAAGGACCCUGAAGCAGCCGACAGCACCCCAUCCCUUAUUGAAAGCCAUGGAAGACAGAGCAAUUCAACGAGCUGAACGUAGGCAGAUCUUGGCAGAAAGGAAGAAAAAACAAGAAGAAGACAAAUUGGCUCAGUUAAAGGCCCAAGAGGAAGAACGCCAAAAGAAGGAUGCAGAAGAAAAGGAAGCCCAGAUGGAGAGAAAACGAGAGGAAAAGAGGCUAAAGAAGAUGAAAGAACUAGAGAAACAGAAGAGAAUUAAAAGAAAUCAAGAGUUGGAAGCAGUAGCCAAAGGUCAUUAUGAAAAGAUCUUGCUAAGGAAAAAAGGUCUGGAGCCCUGGAAGAGACUGAGAAUGCAAAGCAAGCAAAACAUUGAGGUAGCAGAAGAGUAUCACUCUUUGGCUUUACAAAGAAAAUGCCUGCUCAGCUGGUUCCAGUAUAGCCAGGAAAGUCUGGCUACGAAGACAGCCAAGGCUGAUCAGUUUUACUCCCAACUAUUGUAUAGGAGAGUCAUCCGAAGCUGGCUCCAGUAUGUCAGUGAUCUAGAGAAAGAAGUCAGGAAACUCUGCGCCUGGUUACUGCAGAAGAAGAUUUUCAAGACCUGGCUUACCACUGUCAGGGAGCUGAAGAUGGAUUCCCAGAGAAAGCUUAAGGUUGCCACAGAACACUGUGACAGGAAGAUUCUCAGGGUCACACUGGAGACGUGGAAGGCAUUUGUAAAACUUACCAAAGAAGAAAGAGUGAAAGAGGAACGGCGAGACCAACUCCGCCGGAAGGUUGCUGAAAUCCUUCCAGACUUCCAGAUGCUGACACCAUCAUGAUGGCUGCAUACCAGUAGCUACACGCUUGUCCGCCAAAGGAAGCCUUUGGUGCCUGGAUGUGUGCAGGCUAUCUCCACUCACACACCCAGCUGAGCCUGGCUUACUUUCUGGAUGUGUCAUAGGCCACGGGAAUUAUCUUGGGAUUUGUUCUUCCAUCUUGAUCUCUCCUAGGUUGCUAGGCAUCUGUCGUAAUGUGUCACAGUGGGUCAUCCAAAGGUGCCCCAUGGUCUGGGGCACCACCUUUGAGUGUAUUUUAUAUAUUCUUAGUAUAAUAAACUUGGAAAGGAGGAGUGUUUGCCUGCCUGGACUUAGGA